AUGCAAGAUGCAAAGCCCAAUUCCAACGAAUCCGCACCGUUGAUGGCUCAGAAUGAUACUUUAAGAAAUGAUGGGGUCAUCCCUCAGCUAUUUAUCUCUGUACCAUCUCUGAACGAAGCUGCUUCUUAUCUUUCUCAGACAACUUCAUUAUUCACACGCUGUUUCUCUGACUAUUCUGCAGAUCUGUCUUCUAGCGAUUCUGGGGUUUCAAAUGAGCAUGCUCAGGAGUUGGUGACCUUUUCGUCUGGACAACCUUGGGGAUCUUUUGCUACAUCUGGUGAUCAUGCGUCCUCAAGUGGAAACCACUCAGCAUAUGCAGAGUCAUCUAGUAAUGCAACAGAUGCUCCCUCUGUACUUGAUGGAACACUGAGAAGCUCUGCAGGAGAUUCAUCUCAAAAUUCUAGUGCCCUCGUCAAAUCUGAUCCUAGUGGCCCGGGCAGCAUUUCUAUCUUUCAAGGCCUUGUUGACCGGGUGCGAAGAACUGUUCGUGGGUCUGCAGAUGAUAUAGGAUGGCUACAACGUGAUCCAACAAUGCCCCCUGUUGAAGACGGAACUGAAAGGUUCAUGGAAAUUCUGGGGGAUAUCAGGCAUGGUGUUCACAGAUUGCCAAAUUCGAUGGUUUGUUUGUUGCUUCCAGGUCUUUUCAGCAAUCAUGGACCUCUAUAUUUUGUAAAUACAAAAAUGAGUCUCUCAAAGAUGGGUCUGGCCUGUCAUAUAGCCAAGAUUCAUAGUGAGGCUUCAGUUGAGAAAAAUGCUCGAGAGAUAAAAGAAUACAUUGAGGAAUUCUAUUGGGGUUCCAAAAAGCGUGUUUUGCUUCUUGGACAUAGCAAAGGGGGAAUAGAUGCAGCAGCUGCUUUAUCGUUGUAUUGGCCUGACUUGAAAGAUAAGGUUGCCGGGUUGGUUUUAGCACAAAGUCCAUAUGGUGGUAGCCCAAUAGCUACGGAUAUCUUGCGAGAGGGACAGCUUGGUGAUUAUGUGAACUUACGAAAGCUAAUGGAGAUUCUGAUCUGCAAAGUGAUUAAGGGUGAUUUGCAAGCUCUGGAAGAUUUGACUUAUGAAAAAAGAAGAGAAUUUUUGAAGAAACACCCGUUGCCAAAGGAACUCCCUGUUGUUUCAUUUCACACAGAAGCUGCAAUCUCUCCAGCUGUACUAGCUACAUUAUCUCAUGUAGCACAUGCGGAGCUACCUAUGGUUGCUCCUCUUUCUACAGGCCAGCUGGCAAAACUCCCAGUGGUAAUUCCCCUUGGUGCAGCUAUGGCUGCCUGUGCACAGCUUCUGCAGGUCAGAUAUGGCAAGAAGAGUGAUGGACUUGUCACAUGCUGCGAUGCAGAAGUUCCUGGAUCCAUUGUUGUUCGGCCAAAACGUAAAUUAGACCAUGCCUGGAUGGUUUAUUCUUCAUUGACAGAUGACCCUUCUGAAGCAGAUGCUUCUCAAGUGUGUGAAGCUCUUUUGACAUUGCUUGUGGAAGUUGGGAAGAAGAAGUGCGAUCAUACAGACAUGGAGCAGAAAAAGAGUAAUCAUGCAGAUGUCGGGCAGAAGAAAAGCGAUCAUGCGAAAGACGAAUGA